AUGUCACUAAAUUCAAGGAAAAAGCGGGAUCAAGGAUUAGAGUCAAACUCUUCCUCAACUAAAGACUAUUUUGACCCCCUUCACAAUGAAAUUCUCGACCCUCGAGCUCUUAUACUAGAUUGGCUUCAUCUAUAUUCCACUCACGAAAAAGAAGCUUUGGCUUCAUUUUUAUCAUUAAUCCUUCAGUCAUGUGGGCUCAGCAAAAAUCUAGUAACUCUUGACGAUCUUGAAGAAUCUGACAUGGAAAAUCUCUUAUCAAAGAUUCAAGAAGACUCUAAAGACUGUGAUGAGUAUCCUCUUAUAUCCAAAAAUAAAGGCUUCAAAAAUUAUUCAAGCCUGUAUCAUAGAGUUUAUUUUCAUCUCAUAAGAGAAGCUGGGGAUAAAAUUUAUGAUGGGAUUAUGCUGAAUUUCUUAAUAAACUGGCUAUCAAGUCUCACUUUUAUGACAAUGCGACCUAUAAGGCAUACCGCCACUUUUGGGAUUGUAAACUUACUCAGCCAAUCUAUUUUUUUAUUUUUAACCUUGAUUAAAAAUAAAUUUUUUUUAAAUUUUUUUUAAAAAAGAAAUUAGGAAAUUCUUUACUAGAUCUUUUAGUAAAUGAAGUCAAUGAUAAAGAGAAAUUGAAGGUGCUAAAGCAAAAUGAAGCUAAAAGUGGCAAUAAUCAAAAGCUUGAAGAACUAAAGGAGCACGAAAUCCAAUUAGACACCAAAAUUAAAAAACUUAUUGAAAUGCUAGAUUCAAUAAGAAAAGAAGUAAUCGGGUUUAGAUGCAAAGAUAUUAUGCCUGAAAUAAGAAUUUUGUCCUCACAAUGCAUAAGUUAUUGGGCUGAAAAAUACCCAAGCAAAUAUUUAAAUAACGAUACCUUCAAAUGCAUGGGUAUGAUGCUAUAUGAUAAAUCCCCAGAGGUCAGGGAAGCUGUCAUAAGACUUAUCAAUAAAAUUUGUACAUGGGAAAUUGAUCCAAAAUUUAUUGGACUUAUCAUAAAAUUAAAGCCAAGGAUUAUAGCAAUGUGUUAUGAUAUAGAAAAUAAAUGCUGUAUUGAGGCAAUAGAAGCCUGCAAAAAAUUAAAUGAAAUUAUUAAAUUUUCUGACGAAGACAAAGAUGUAAUUUCAAGAUUAAUUUGGACUGAAAAUGAAGAAAUUAGAGACGCUACAUGUGAUUUUAUUAUUUCUGCUGUUUUUAAUGACUCUUUGCCUAAAGAAACUAUGGCAACUGGAUUUGGGCUUGAUCAAGGAAAAUACAUAGACGCUGAAAAAGCUAUCCUUUUACUUGUGAAUUUUUUUAUAAAAUAUUCAAAUGGCCAAAUAUAUCUUAUUGAUCCUUUUGUCAAAGCAUUUUGGAGUAAAACAAGCGCAAUUCGGUCAUGGGAAGCUAUGACUAAUCUACUAACUCCCCCCCCCCUCCGUGAGUGAACAAAACCAUUAGAAAAAAUCCCUAUUUUUUGCCCAAAAAACCCACCCUCCGUGAGUGAACAAAAAUUUUUUUAAUAGAAAAAAUUUUUUAUGGAUGGAAAAAAAAAUUGAUAUAUAAAUGAUAAUUAUUAUAAUGAAAUCUAGAGCUAAUUCUGUUUAUUUUUAAACGAAUUGCUUUUUUAAAACAUAAAUUUUGCAAAUUGAAUUAAUAUUUGCUUUCCAAUUUUGCGAAUUAGGAUUUUUUUAAAUUUCGAAAAAAAAAUAUUUUUUAUAAAAUUUAUAUAUAAAUUGUUUUAAAAAAAAAAAAAUUAACCCCCCUCCGUGAGUGAACAAAAUUUUUUUGUUCACUCACGGAGAGGGGGGGGAGUAAGUCUUGGAGAUUCUUCAAGACCAGGGACAGCUGAACUUCAUAACGACCAAAAAAUGGUUAUUAUCAAUUUUCUUAUUUCCUCACUAAAAAACUUGCAAAAUCUUUCAGAGCAAAAACCAAAAAAUUCUAUGGUAAAUCUCAGCACAAUUUUAAUUUCCCAUUUGCCACAAUUAUUUACAUAUUUUAGAGCUAAUCAAAUAAUAUCAAAUGAGCUUGCAAAGCUUACAAAUUAUCUUGAUCUUAGUGCUUUAGCUUCUAAAGAUUUAAAAGCGCCUUUUAAUCAGCUGAUCUCUGCAUUAACUGAUUUGCAUCUCCAGUCAGAUAAUAUUGAAACUUUAAUGAAAACUGGACAAAGUCUCAGCAAAUUCGCAAAAGAGCCUCAUCCGCUUCAAAAAGAUUCAAGAACUGAGCUUACGAAAUUGACUGAUUAUUGCUGUGAAGAGCUUAAAAAAGAAUUUAAAAAAUUUACAUUAGAAGGAGAAGAAGGAGUCCUAGAAGUUUGGCUGAAAAGAAUUGAGGGGUUAAUUUCUCAUAAAGACAUAUUAGAAGAAUUAACUAAAGAAAGAUUUGAAGAUUUUACUUAUGUGAUUUCUCAAUAUUUGAGUGAUAGCAUUAAUAAUUCAUAAAAAAAAAUCAUUUUUUAAAAAAAAUAAUAAAAAUAAUUAAUUUUUUAUUUUUUUAAUAAUUCAGGUAUCACGCUAAGCUGCGCAAGAAUUUUAUAUUCCUGGAAUCUUUGGUAUCUUCAUGAAGUUGUAGAAAAGACUGAAUUAGUUGACGAUUAUAUAGAAAAAAGAAAUAAUAUUAUCGAAUUAUUUACAGCUUUAGUAGCAAAAGCUGACUGCCAAUUUGAAUUAAGAAAAGAAGCUUUUAAGCUGCUAUGUGAGACUAUAAUGGUAAUUUCUGGAAAAAAUUCAAAAGGUUCGUUAGUUCAUUAUGAAGUCGGUGAAGAUGUGUGGGGAACUAUAGAAGAAUAUAUGUCAGAAAUUCCUAUUGAUACUGAAAAUGACGCUAAAAUGAUUUCAAAUCCGAAUGCUACAGUUCUUAAUAUUAAAAAUAGCUCAGAUGCUGACUCCACAUCUCAAUUAGUCUGUAUUCAUAUAGCCAGAAUUAUCUGUACAUGCCCAUCAAUUACAAACUCUCAUCUUCCUUCAAGCUUUUUUGCGAAUUUUGGGAUUUCUACAUUAAAAACUAUAAACAUUAUAGUUAAACAUGUAUUAAAUUUCUUUAAAUUCGCAGAAAAUAAGCCAGAAAGCAAUGAUUAGAUUAAUGCUGCAUGUUUAAGGUCUCUACUUCUACGAGAAACAUUCUGCACAGCUACGUUAGAAGCUGUGUCGUGGCCAAAGCGAAUUGGGUGGACUUCCACCUCUAGUACAUAUGAGCCCAACCGAACCCCUGGCUUCUCUGUAGUGGCUGCCCUGUUGGGUUCGAAAGAUCAUUGCCAAGCUCCUCCAUCCAACUGAGUCCCAUCGCUCCUAUUGCGCAAAUUUCUAUCUCGUGCCCUUAAUUGGAGGGACCACCUUAAAUUUCUCUAAUAUACCUCAGGCCAUCCCUGAAAAAAUACUCGCUUACGCGAUUCGGGGCAACCACAGAGGCAGCUUGAGUAGAUAAAUUCACCCUGCUCCUUCUCGGGCACCACUAGUUUGGUUUUUCUUGGAAAAGAAUUCGCAAGUAUUGCCCAUUGAAUCAGGCACAAAAAGCGGAUUUUCUUGAAUCCCUCGCUUUGGGAUUUCAAAUAUUUCUGAGCCAACUAUCUCCAAAAAACGAUUCCCGGAUAUGUGAACCGUCACACAAGAGGAUGGGUUGGCCUUCAUCCCCAUUUUAUGUAUAUCAGACAACAAUGAUAAUGUCUUAUUCACAAUUAUGCUAGAAUCACUUAUAAAAUGUAUGGGAAACGGCACAGAUGAAGACAUUAAUGCUAUGAAAGAGCUAGCCAAAAAAUUUGUGACAUCAAUUGGGGUUGGGCCAUUAAAAUCUAAACAAGCUGACAAAUUUGUGUUGUUUUUGCUUGAUGGGAUAAAGUUUGCUUUAAACGAUAAAGAAAAUUUCCCUAUUUUAGAAGCACUGAGCAUGUUCAUAGGGAAAAAUUAUAUAAGUCAGUCUCAAAUGAAAGAUUUAUAUGAAAAAAUAUCAAAAGAUUCUGAUAAAAUAAUCGAAGUUUUAAAAACUGGAGAAAAUAAUGCAGAGACCUAUCCAUUAGAAAAAUUUGUGUAUUUAUUAAGCAAACAAGUAGGAUUAUCAAGGACUGCACCUAUUGAGCCCAGCGAAAAUGACAAAAUGGUUAUUGAAAAGACUAAAAAAACCUCUAAAAUGAAAACACCACCUAAAUCAACAGCGAAAAAAUCAAAAGAAAAGCCAGCUCAAAGUGAAAAGAAAAAAACUAGCCAAGAAGAAGACAAACUGAAUAAAACAAAUAAAAAAGAAGAGCCAAGCUCAAGCCAAAGACCUAGAAGAGCUGCAAAAGACAAAGCUAAAUUAAUUUCAGAAAAAAAAUCCAAGAAAAAAGAAGACAAUAAAAAAAGAAAAGAAAGAUCACCAAUUGAAGACGAAGAAGAGCCAGUCGCCCGGACAAGAAAAGCAGCACUUAGAAGGAAAUAA